AUGGGUGAAAACUAUAUAAACCAGGGAAAACAAGCGGAUCCUGUUCCUGACCUUCCCCACAUGAAACCAAACAUGCCCGACCACGAUCAGGGUGCUGUACCGUAUUCGCGGUUUGGCUCCAACGAGAAGCUUGUUCUCGUGGCUAUAUGUGCAGCAAGCGGUAUCUUCUCCACUAUAGCUGGCCCCAUAUACUAUCCUGCUCUGACUACAAUCGAGAACCAGUUCCAUAUAAGCACGGAGCUCGUCAACGUGUCGGUGGUGCUCUACUUUCUGUUCCAAGGCCUGGCUCCUACGCUCAUGGGCGGACUCGCCGAUUCUUUCGGCCGUAGGCCAAUCGUGAUGUGGUCUAUCGCGCUGUACUUGGCCGCAUGCAUCGGGAUCGCCUGCUCUCGGACGUAUGCCCAGAUCCUCGUCCUGAGAUGCUUGCAGAGCGCCGGUAUCUCGCCUGUCAUCGCGGUUAACAGCGGCAUCAUGGGGGACGUCACUACCCGAGCGCAGCGGGGCGGCUACGUCGGGCUUACGGCGGGCUUCCAGGUUCUCGGGUCUGCUUUCGGCGCCCUAAUUGGAGGCGGUAUCGUAUCGACCUGGGGCUGGCGGGCCAUCUUUUGGUUCCUGGCGAUCGGUUCCGGAUGCAGCCUUGUGUGCAGCAGCCUUCUGCUGCCCGAGACAAAGCGGUCCGUUGUUGGUAACGGCUCCAUAACGCCUCCGGCAAUAUGGUCCAAGGCGCCUAUACUGGCCCUGCCGCAAAUCCGAAAGAAACUGCACUUGGAUAGCCCCGAUUACGAGACGCUUGCUCCAAAAGAACGACUCAAUCUUCUUGCACCUCUCGAUGUUUUCCGGAGGCCUGAAAUCGCUCUGUUGCUGCUAGUGACUGGGCUACAGUUUUCGCUCUGGGUCUGCCACCUCACCGCACUGUCUUCUCUCCUGGAGAAGGACUAUCACUUGAAAGUGGCUGAGGUCGGUUUAAGCUAUUUACCAAGCGGCAUCUGCACGCUCAUUAGUGUUGUGGGAGCGGGCAGGGUAUUAAAUUGGAACUACAGACGCCGCCUCUCGAAACACAACCUCUUCAUCGAGGAGGCUACUCAGAGGCUACUAGCUGAAAAUGACAACGACGAAAAACGAGUGGACAAAAUCCUCAGCACUGACAUCUCCUACACCUUCAACAUCUUCCGUGCUAGGUUGGAAAUUAUGUUUGUGCCCCUGCUGCUAAGCGGAGGCGGGUUUAUGGGGUUCGGAUGGUGCUUGGAUGCUCACACGCCGUUAGUAGCUGUGCUUGUGUUCAGCGGAUUUGCGUCGCUGUUUUCCAACUGCGUCAUUGCGUGUGCGACAACUUUGGUGGUUGACCUAUAUCCUCAGAAAUCCUCGACGGCGACGGGCUGCGUCAACUUUUCUCGGUGUGUUUUGGCUGCAAUUUUGGUUGCAGCUCUCAACAAGAUGCUAACCUCGCUGUCAGUAGGCGGUACUUUUACGCUUUUGGCAGGUCUUACUAUAUUAUCGACGGUUACACUUAUCAUCCCGAUCAAGUACGGCCCUGGGAUGGCACACAAGAGAGCUGUCCGGGAUCGCACCGCGGCUGACGAAAAAGCCGAAGCCGCAGUCAAAGAAGUCGACCAACAGCGCCAGUCCUCGGAGUCUGAGGACCUUUCGAGCCUUAACACCAUCUCACAGCCUAGAUCACGUGCAGGAGUGUAA